AUGGCGGAGCCCUCGGCCCCGGAGAGCAAGCACAAGUCGUCCCUCAACUCGUCCCCGUGGAGCGGCCUCAUGGCCCUGGGGAACAGCCGGCACGGGCCCGGGGCCCAGUGUGCGCACAAGGCGGCGGGCGGCGCGGCGCCUAAGCCGGCCCCCGCGGGGCUGUCCGGGGGGCUGUCGCAGCCGGCCGGCUGGCAGUCCCUGCUUUCCUUCACCAUCCUCUUCCUGGCCUGGCUCGCCGGCUUCAGCUCGCGCCUCUUUGCGGUCAUCCGCUUCGAAAGCAUCAUCCACGAGUUCGACCCGUGGUUUAACUAUAGAUCAACACAUCAUCUUGCGUCUCAUGGGUUUUAUGAAUUUUUAAAUUGGUUUGAUGAAAGAGCAUGGUAUCCACUAGGAAGAAUAGUAGGUGGUACUGUUUACCCAGGGUUGAUGAUAACAGCUGGCCUUAUCCAUUGGAUUUUAAAUACAUUGAACAUAACAGUUCACAUAAGAGAUGUAUGUGUGUUCCUUGCACCAACUUUUAGCGGCCUUACAUCUAUAUCUACUUUCCUGCUUACCAGAGAACUUUGGAACCAAGGAGCAGGACUUUUAGCUGCUUGCUUUAUUGCUAUUGUACCAGGUUACAUUUCUCGGUCAGUAGCUGGAUCCUUUGAUAACGAAGGCAUUGCUAUUUUUGCACUUCAGUUCACAUAUUACUUGUGGGUAAAAUCUGUAAAAACUGGGUCAGUUUUUUGGACGAUGUGCUGCUGCUUGUCGUAUUUCUAUAUGGUCUCUGCUUGGGGUGGUUAUGUGUUUAUUAUCAACCUUAUUCCACUGCAUGUAUUUGUGUUGUUACUGAUGCAGAGAUACAGCAAAAGAGUCUACAUAGCAUAUAGCACUUUCUAUAUUGUGGGCCUGAUAUUAUCCAUGCAGAUACCUUUUGUGGGAUUCCAGCCAAUCAGAACAAGUGAACACAUGGCAGCUGCAGGUGUCUUUGCAUUGCUGCAAGCUUAUGCUUUCUUGCAGUAUCUGAGAGACCGGUUAACAAAACAAGAGUUCCAAACCCUGUUCUUUUUGGGUGUGUCACUAGCCGCAGGUGCUGUGUUCCUUAGUGUCAUCUAUUUGACUUAUACAGGUUACAUUGCACCAUGGAGUGGCAGGUUUUACUCAUUGUGGGACACUGGGUAUGCAAAAAUACACAUUCCAAUUAUUGCAUCAGUGUCUGAGCAUCAACCUACGACUUGGGUAUCUUUCUUCUUUGAUCUACAUAUUCUUGUGUGUACCUUCCCAGCAGGCCUGUGGUUCUGCAUUAAAAAUAUCAACGAUGAGAGAGUAUUUGUUGCGCUGUAUGCCAUCAGUGCCGUCUACUUUGCGGGCGUGAUGGUGCGGCUGAUGUUGACCUUGACUCCAGUCGUCUGCAUGCUGUCUGCAAUUGCAUUCUCAAACGUUUUUGAGCACUAUUUGGGGGACGACAUGAAAAGGGAAAACCCGCCUGUGGAGGACAGCAGUGAUGAGGAUGACAAGAGAAACCCGGGAAAUUUGUAUGAUAAGGCAGGCAAAGUGAGGAAGCAUGUAACCGAGCAGGAAAAAACAGAAGAGGGAUUAGGUCCUAAUAUAAAGAGCAUUGUCACCAUGCUCAUGCUGAUGCUGUUGAUGAUGUUUGCAGUCCACUGCACCUGGGUCACAAGCAAUGCCUACUCCAGCCCAAGCGUGGUCCUGGCCUCUUACAAUCAUGACGGAACUAGGAAUAUUUUAGAUGAUUUCAGAGAAGCUUACUUUUGGCUAAGGCAGAAUACAGAUGAACAUGCCCGAGUGAUGUCUUGGUGGGAUUACGGCUAUCAGAUUGCUGGGAUGGCUAAUAGAACCACUCUGGUGGAUAACAACACCUGGAAUAACAGCCACAUAGCACUGGUGGGAAAAGCUAUGUCUUCAAAUGAAACAGCAGCUUAUAAAAUCAUGAGGAGUCUGGAUGUAGAUUAUGUUUUGAUUAUCUUUGGAGGGGUUAUUGGCUAUUCUGGUGACGACAUCAACAAGUUUCUCUGGAUGGUCAGGAUAGCUGAAGGGGAACAUCCAAAAGAUAUUCGGGAAAGUGACUAUUUCACCUCACAAGGAGAAUUCCGUGUAGACAAAGCAGGAUCCCCUACUUUGUUGAAUUGCCUUAUGUAUAAAAUGUCAUACUACAGAUUUGGAGAAAUGCAGCUGGAUUUCCGUACACCUCCAGGUUUUGAUCGGACACGUAAUGCUGAGAUUGGAAACAAAGACAUUAAAUUCAAACAUUUGGAGGAGGCCUUCACGUCAGAGCACUGGCUUGUAAGGAUAUACAAAGUGAAAGCCCCUGAUAACAGGGAGACAUUAGACCACAAACCUCGAGUAACCAACAUUUUCCCCAAACAGAAGUAUUUGUCAAAGAAGACUGCAAAAAGGAAGCGUGGCUACAUUAAAAAUAAGCUUGUUUUUAAGAAAGGCAAGAAAAUAUCUAAGAAGACUGUUUAA